GAGGAGGAGGAGGAGGAGGAAGCGGACAAGGAGUAGGGAGGGGGACAGUUGGGGUCUGGAGUGCGGAGGAGCAGCAGCAGGAAAAGAAGUGGCGGCAGCCGGGAAGGCGACGGGCUCCCGGCGUCUCUUCCUCCUACCGAGUUAGCCCGAGUAGGAGUGGUGUGGAUUAGAGAGAGGCGAAGAAACCUGAUGGACGUGAACCAGCAACCCGCAGAGACAGACAGACAGACAGACGGCCGGCCAGGAGGCCCCACCCCGUAAGGAGGUGGGGAGAGGAGGGGCGACCCGCCGGGAUUCCCCCCGCCUCCCAGCAGGCUUGGCCAGGGGUUCGUACCUCUUCCUCUCCCCACCCACCUCCCUCCCUCCCUCUCCGUGGCGGAGAAGGACAGUCGGACAGACCGACCCGGCGGGACGGGCUUUUUCAGUCCGCGGGCCGAAGAGCUAGAUUAGCAGGCGGCAGUGGGUUGCAGAGCCGCUUUCCUGGGACCCGGGUCGGGGAGGACGGAGGCGAUCAGAGCACGGGGACAGCUCUCGCCUUCUCCCCUCCUCGCACCUUGCCCCCGUGCCAUCCUUCCGGUGACAGUUAACUUCUGCCCCGUCUUGGAGCCGAAACAUCCUUGUUUCGGAAGCAGACGGAGCCAGGGACCGAGAUGUGAUCCGUUUCUCCCGGGCAGAAGAGGCCCUUCCUCCUCCCUCCUUCCCUUUUCCCCAGACGGUGAAGCAGAAAGAGCUCAAGCUUUCAUAUGCAACAAAAGUUGAAGGCUGAGAUCCUGUGCACUUUGGGCAAAAGCUGGUGCAUUGACCAUUUUGGGCAAAUGUACUAAAAGAAAACCCAGCACGGGAAUGGCUUGCCUCACCUUGACAGAGAUGGAGGGAACUGCCACAUCUACCGCUCAUCAGAAUGGCGAUGUCCCCGGGAACGAUAAUGCUGUGAAGCAAAUAGAGCCGUUUCUUCAGGUCUAUCUUUACCACUUCCUGGGAAAGGCUGAGGGAGAUUACUUACAGUUUCCAGCCGGGGAGCAUAUUGCUGAAGAGAUUUGUGUGGCUGCUAGUAAAGCUUGUGGUGUCACACCUGUGUAUCAUAACAUGUUUGCUCUAAUGUGUGAGACAGACAGGACCUGGUAUCCUCCCAACCACGUCUUCCAUAUAGACGAGUCAACCAAGCACACCGUCCUGUACCGAAUAAGGUUUUACUUUCCUCACUGGUAUUGUAAUGGAGAUAAGCGAGCCUACCGACAUGGGAUUUCUCGAGGCUCUGAGGCCCCUCUUCUUGAUGAUUAUAUCAUGUCUUACCUCUUUGCUCAGUGGAGAGAUGACUUUGUUCAUGGUUGGAUAAAGGUGCCUGUAACUCAUGAAACACAGGAAGAAUGUCUUGGGAUGGCGGUCCUGGAUAUGAUGAGAAUAGCUAAGGAAAAAGACCAAACCCCCUUGGCCAUCUAUAACUCUAUCAGCUACAAGACUUUCUUACCAAAAUGUGUUCGAGCAAAGAUUCAAGACUAUCACAUUUUGACGCGAAAGCGAAUAAGGUACAGGUUCCGCAGAUUUAUUCAGCAAUUCAGCCAGUGCAAAGCUACUGCCAGAAACUUGAAACUUAAGUAUCUUAUAAAUCUGGAAACUCUUCAGUCUGCCUUCUACUCAGAAAAAUUUGAAGUAAAAGAGCCUGGCAGAGGUCCUUCAGGUGAGGAGAUUUUUGCAACCAUUAUAAUAACUGGAAACGGUGGAAUUCAGUGGUCAAGAGGGAAACAUAAAGAAAGUGAGACACUGGCAGAACAGGAUUUACAAACAUACUGUGACUUUCCUGAUAUUAUCGAUGUGAGCAUUAAACAAGCAAACCAAGAAGACUCUACUGAGAGUAGGGUGGUAACUAUUCAUAAGCAAGACAGCAAGAAUUUGGAAAUUGAAUUUCUCUCCUUAAAAGAAGCUCUGUCUUUUGUGUCGCUGAUCGAUGGGUAUUACAGAUUGACUGCAGAUGCACACCAUUACCUCUGUAAAGAAGUCGCACCCCCGACAGUGCUUAAAAAUAUCCAAAGCAAUUGUCACGGGCCCAUUUCAAUGGAAUUUGCCAUCAGUAAACUGAAGAAAGCGGGUAACCAAACGGGCCUCUAUGUCCUUCGCUGCAGUCCUAAAGACUUUAAUAAAUACUUCCUCACCUUUGCUGUUGAGCGGGAACAUGUCAUGGAUUACAAACAUUGCUUGAUUACUAAAAAUGAGAACAGCGAAUACAAUCUCAGUGGAACUAAGAAGAGCUUUGGUAACCUUAAAGAUCUUCUGAACUGCUAUCAGAUGGAAACUGUUCGCUCGGACAGCAUCAUUUUCCAGUUUACCAAGUGUUGCCCCCCUAAACCCAAAGAUAAAUCUAAUCUCUUAGUCUUCAGGAGCAAUGGCAUUUCUGACGUACUUACAUCACCCACAUUGCAGAGACACAAUAAUGUAAACCAGAUGGUUUUUCACAAAAUCAGAAAUGAAGAUUUGACGUUUAACGAAAGUCUGGGACAAGGUACCUUUACCAAGAUUUUCAAGGGUGUAAGGAAAGAAAUAGGAGACUACGGUCUCCAUCAAACAGAAGUCCUUUUAAAAGUUCUGGAUAAAGCCCACAGAAACUAUUCAGAGUCUUUUUUUGAAGCAGCAAGCAUGAUGAGCCAACUUUCUUACAAGCACCUUGUAUUAAAUUAUGGAGUCUGUGUCUGUGGAGAGGAAAAUAUCCUGGUUCAAGAGUUUGUCAAAUUUGGAUCACUGGACACAUACCUGAAGAAAAACAAGAAUUCUAUCAAUAUUUUGUGGAAGUUGGAAGUGGCCAAACAAUUGGCAUGGGCCAUGCAUUUUCUAGAGGAAAAAAAUCUCAUUCAUGGGAAUGUGUGUUCAAAAAAUAUUUUACUUAUCAGGGAAGAGGACAGGAAAUCAGGAAACCCUCCUUUCAUCAAACUCAGCGAUCCGGGCAUUAGUAUUACAGUUUUGCCGAAAGACAUUCUUCUAGAGAGAAUACCAUGGGUUCCACCUGAAUGCAUUGAAAACCCCAAAAAUCUAAGCUUGGCAACAGAUAAAUGGAGUUUUGGAACCACUCUGUGGGAAAUCUGCAGUGGAGGAGACAAACCACUGAGUGCACUUGAUUCUCAAAGAAAGCUACAGUUUUACGAAGACAGGCACCAACUUCCUGCACCAAAAUGGACAGAAUUAGCAAAUCUUAUCAACAACUGUAUGGAAUUUGAACCAGAUUUCAGACCUUCUUUCAGAGCCAUCAUACGGGAUCUCAACAGUUUGUUCACUCCAGAUUAUGAACUUUUAACAGAAAAUGACAUGUUACCCAACAUGAGAAUUGGUGCUCUUGGAUUUUCUGGUGCAUUUGAAGACAGGGACCCCACACAGUUUGAAGAGAGACACCUUAAAUUCCUACAACAGCUCGGCAAGGGUAAUUUUGGCAGUGUGGAGAUGUGCCGAUACGACCCCCUGCAAGACAAUACUGGUGAGGUGGUAGCUGUGAAAAAGCUUCAGCACAGCACUGAAGAGCACUUGCGAGAUUUUGAAAGAGAAAUUGAAAUUCUUAAAUCCCUGCAGCAUGAUAACAUUGUCAAAUACAAGGGAGUCUGCUAUAGUGCCGGUCGUCGUAAUCUGAGGCUGAUCAUGGAAUAUUUGCCCUACGGAAGUUUACGUGAUUAUCUCCAAAAGCAUAAGGAAAGGCUGGAUCAUAAGAAGCUAUUACAGUACACGUCUCAGAUAUGCAAGGGCAUGGAGUAUCUUGGAACAAAGAGAUACAUCCAUAGGGAUCUGGCCACAAGAAAUAUCUUAGUGGAGAAUGAGAACAGAGUUAAAAUUGGAGAUUUUGGAUUGACAAAAGUCCUGCCACAAGAUAAGGAAUAUUACAAAGUGAAAGAACCUGGAGAAAGUCCCAUAUUCUGGUAUGCUCCGGAAUCUCUGACAGAGAGCAAGUUUUCCGUAGCCUCAGAUGUCUGGAGUUUUGGAGUGGUUCUGUAUGAACUCUUCACAUAUAUUGAGAAAAGCAAAAGUCCUCCAGCGGAAUUCAUGCGAAUGAUUGGCAAUGACAAACAAGGACAGAUGAUUGUAUUCCAUUUGAUAGAACUUUUGAAGAAUAACGGACGGCUUCCAAGACCAGAGGGCUGUCCCGAUGCGAUUUAUUCUAUAAUGACGGAGUGCUGGAACAACAACCUAAGCCAGCGCCCCUCCUUCAGGGAGCUCACUGUUCGAGUGGAUCGCAUCCGGGACAACAUGGGUGGAUGAGAGAGCUGGAGUUCACGAUAGGUUCCCAUUAGACUUCAAAAUCGAGCUUUCUCCUUCAGGUUGCUCUGGAUUAUUCUCCUGCCCAUUUUACUGGUGGAUAGACAAAGACAUGUCAAAGUAUCUCAUCAGAACCUGCAAGCUUUGGUGAAUCUCUGCUUGUUUUCACCCAGGGAGUCAUCCUUUACGAGAAGAUGCCAGUAAACCCUUAAAUAGUACCAGGAAUUCUUUCUGUAAGCCAGGUAGUGAAACCAGUUCUGUGUGUGGUCACUUAGCGUCACCAUCAUUUGCCUUCUGAGGCAAAGUAAAAAAAGUGGUGAUGAGUAAACCGUCGGUCGAUCAAAAAAGACAUUUCAUUCAGUUUUUUGGCCGCGAAGAAGAUGCAUAGAAUAUAUUUGUACAGUCUUUUCUCACGGUGAAUGUAUGAUGACUUGGCAUCUGGGAAAAUGUUUUGCACAAGGGCUUGUGUUCAUGAAUAUCGUUUUACAGUUUUUCCACUGCUGAUCCACAAAGAUGCCACUGCAGAAUGGCAUGAAGAUGCUUAGAAAAUGUACUAAGUAAAUUUCAGUGGGCUUCUUCAACGGCACCACUGGUCAGUAAUAGAAACAGGUGUAUACGUAGAGCUUUUUGUUUCAUGUACUAUAAAUAUUUUACUAGGGAAAGGGAACAAAUGUCUAGCUUUAUUUGUACAGCUGAUUUCCCCACCCCUGAAGAAUCCCUUUUGAAAUGGAACAAGCAUUCAGAGAUAUAGCACAAUCUAUUUUCCUACUCGCUUUUCAUGUAUCUUUUUGGGUGGAAGUGUUCAUUAAGUGGCAUUCCCACGACAGCAUCUUCACCCUUCUUCACCCUGAAAAGUAGUCAUGUUUUAGGAUUUUUGAAAAUAAGGACAGGCCAACAGUUGUCCUUCAGAUAGAUAUUAGCCUCCACACUCUUCCUUCAUCCCCGGAGACCCGUGGCCAACAAUUCAACCACAUAAGAAAAAUGUUAGCUUUCUAAUUCAUACCAUGUAAGCCUCCUUGCUUUGCUCUUCAGAGAUAUUGUAGGUUAGAAAGACAUUAGCAAGUUCAAUGCUUGGUCAGCUAUAGUUUUCCUAAGGUUGAUUUAGUUUAAGAGUGGAAAAAAAUCACUUUGUCUAACCUCCUAGUUAAUUCUGUGUGCAUUGCUUAACAGGAAAUUGGAGCAAUUGCCAGCCCCCACCUUUAAGAGUAACAGAAUUCAUAAUGCAAACCUUCUGGGAAAAUUGAGGCAAGCGUAGAUGAAGAAUUUCACCAUAGAUCAAGUUCGAACUUGAUACUCCCAUUUUGCCAGUAAGUUGCAAGUUUAGGUGUUACUGUAUUCUGGAUCGUGUACCUCGUUGACAUUUUCGCCUCAUGUGCUCAAGUUUAAACUAUUUAAUCCGUAUCUUGAAGAUCUAUCUCAGUGGCACAAGCUGGUUUUUAUGAUGUACUUUUGUUUAAGCCAAGUCCCAUUAUUACUUGUUUGAGUUCUGCUCUGGAAUCGAUUUGAAAUCUCAGUGUAUAGUAACCUUUGGGAGUCUAGAGAAGGCAUUUUUUUACCAAAAAAAAAAAAAAGAAGAAGAAAAUAGCUUUAUAGCAUUAAGACAGCAUUUGACAGCUGAACGAAUGAAUGUGGAAAUAACCCAAAAUGGCAAUGUACUUUGGUGCAGUAGUAAAGUAGAUCCCAAUUGAUAUUUAAAAAGCGAAACUUGGUUGUUUUUUAUGUUAAGAAAAAAUCUCAGGGAUAUAUAUGCGUCAUGCAAUUAAGAAAUCUUCCAUACUGCUAGUUUUUCAAGAGAGAGAUGUACGCCCUUAUUAUGUUAUAGGAUCGUUUGAUGGAUUUCAUACUCGGUACUAACACAAGUGGGUGAAAAGUCUUGUGAAGGUCUGUAUCGUUUUGUUUUAUGCUUUUUAAAAAACAAGGAUAUUUGCUGGUAUUCUUUUCUUUUUUUUUUUUUAACUUUUUUAAUGCCUUGCGUCUUAGUGAUAGGUAAAGAAUCCCAAGCAAAUUCCCUUCAUUUUACUGAAUUGUGGAUGAGUGACUCUGGAAUUUCAAAGUGAAGUUAUUUUUUGAUUGAGGGUUUAUGUUUUGCAUUUCAGUUCAAACCAUGCAUGGAAAAACACUGUAGUUAUUUAACUGGUUGUUCUCAAGGUACUUGUAGUGACUCUACUGUUCUUAUUAAUGCCAGUUACCUUCAGAUCAGUACAAUAUAGAAAUGAAGUUUUGUUAGAAUCUCAGCAGUAGUUCUCUGUAUAUGCUGUGGUAUUUUUUUUUACUUGUUUAGAAGUCUUUGCAUUAAGAGGCAGACUAAUUCCUUUCCUCUGUUGGUAUUUGCUUUGGAAAAAAAAAAUCACCUUUACAUGUUAUUUAUAUAUGCUACCUAAAGCAUUGUGAUCUGUGGUGAAAAAGUGCCCUCCCUCACAUACACGACCGCUGCUGUGAAGUUACGUGGAAUUUUUUUUUCACCGCUACUACUUUUCAGGUAUUUUAAAAUUAUUUUAAUAGUACGGUGCACACUGCGAGCACCUAAAAAUUCACAACAGCAUUUCUCUCCGGUAUCGUACUGGUCUGUGAUUUCUUGAUCCCCGGUGUGCUGUUUCUUCCCAAACUUGUUCUUAAACCUCUUCUAAAGAGCUGCAGAGGUCAUGUAGGAAGAAUACCGAUGUGAGUGGCCAUCUCAAGGUCACCUACCUAAGAAAGCGGGGAAACCCACUUGCUGGUUUCUGUAUGGACAAAUGGAAGAAUCUAAGGAACGCUUCCCUAGUUCUCUGACACCAACUACUCUAUUGUCUCCGUGAACAUUGCUGUAUCAACAUAGUCCAAAGUAUUAAAAUAAUUUUAAAAUGUGAAA